AUGGUAACUACAGGACACAAUGUAACUACAGAACACAUGGUAACUACAGAACACAAUGUAACUACAGAAUCAAUGGUAACUACAGAACCCAUGGUACCUACAGGACACAAUGUAACUACAGAACCCAUGGUGACUGCAGAACACAAUGUAACUACAGAACACAUGGUGACUACAGGACACAAUGUAACCACUGAAUCAAUGGUAACUACAGGACACAAUGUAACUAAAGAAUCCAUGGUAACUACAGAACACAAUGUAACUACAGAAUCAAUGGUAACUACAGAACACAAUGUAACUACAGAACCCAUGGUAACUACAGAACACAAUGUAACUACAGAACACAUGGUGACUACAGGACACAAUGCAACUACAGAAUCAAUGGUAACUACAGGACACAAUGUAACUACAGAACCCAUGGUGACUACAGGACACAAUGCAACUACAGAAUCAAUGGUAACUACAGGACACAAUGUAACUACAGAACCCAUGGUAACUACAGGACACAAUGUAACUACAGAAUCAAUGGUAACUACAGAACCCAUGGUAACUACAGAACACAAUGUAACUACAGAAUCAAUGGCAACUACAGGACACAAUGUAACUACAGAAUCAAUGGUAACUACAGGACACAAUGUAACUACAGAACCCAUGGUAACUACAGGACACAAUGUAACUACAGAAUCCCAUGGUAACUUACAGAACACAAUGUAA